AUGCCACGCAAACUCCCCCCUGGCUAUAUCCUGCAUCCCGGCUACCCCCCAGCCGAGAUAUACGUCGACCUGCGCAAAUCAGCCGGCCUCUCACCACACACCGCCACGCAAGCCAUCGCCGCAUUCAACGGCAGCUGGUACGGCUGCUACAUCACCUUCAACCCAUCCGCCGCCCAGGCACAAGACCCCCAAACCGAGAGAGAGUCUUCUUCUUCUUCUUCUCUCUCCAAUGAGUCCGAAAUCGUGGCUAUGGGCCGCAUCGUCGGCGACGGAGGCUGGUACUUCGUGAUCGCCGACAUGGCUGUUUUGCCAGCACACCAGAGAAAAGGGCUAGGGGAUUAUGUGCUGAAGCAUCUAAUCCAGAAAAUCAAGUCGACGCCGCCCAUGUCGACGGCAAUGCAGGAUGGGGGCAUUGCGCCGUAUGUGAAUCUGCUCGCUGAUGGGCCGGGGAGGUUGUUGUAUGAGCGGAAUGGGUUCGAGUUUACGGCACCGCACUCGAUGGGGAUGGCUCUUAAGUGGACGUGA